GGGGACCGGGCGACAGUGUCGGCGCUUCUCACCGCUCUCAGACCGGAGCGACUUUCCUAUGUGUUCCUGAGAUUUUUUUUUCCAGCAUAACUGUGGCCAACUUUCACAGACGGAUCUUUGAAGGGACUAUAAAGCAUAAAUGAUCAACGGACAUGUGAUGUGAUGAGCGUGUAGGAUUAUCACCGGAGUGAACUUUUGUGCUGGAUGUGAAUGUGGGGCAAGUCCAUCUCUACUGUCGGAUGAUGGCUCAGGCAGUCUCCGUCAUUCUCCUCUGUGGCAUUAUUCUGGAAAUCAGUUAUGUCGCUGCUAUCGAACCGAGGUUUAUGCCUGAUCCCCCAACACUCAGCAUCCAUGGCAACCAGAGGAUGAAUAAAUCUGAUAACCUGGAGCUCACCUGCAGUGGUCGCCAGUACCUGACGUGGACGACUCCCUCUACAAGCAGACGCUUCUCCACAGUCGACUGCAGUGGAUCCGGACUCUUCUGCACGUCGUUACGGAUCUCCAACGCAACUGUCAAUGAAACCGGGCAGUAUCGUUGUUCCUACAAAGACCUAGAGAUCGAGGACGGCAAGACUUCAGCAGCUGUGCAUGUAUUUGUCAGAGAUGACAAGAUGCCGUUCGUGCCAUUAGAGAAAGAAUACGAAGUGGUGUUCAUCCGAGAAGGGGAACGUGUGGUCAUACCAUGCCGCGGUUCAAUGGAGAAUCUCAACGUUACACUCCAUACUAAGUAUCCAAAGAAGGAACUUUAUCCAGACGGGAAUUCUCUGUGGGACGCCAAGACGGGAUUCACCGUUCCCAGUCACCUGAUCAGCUAUGCCGGUGUCGUGUUCUGCCAGACUCAGAUAGGCAAUGAGACGUUCAAGUCCCCUCUCUACAUAGUUGCUGUUGUUGGAUACAAGAUCCAUGACCUCAUCCUGACCCCCACGCUAGUGAGGCUGUCUGUGGGGGAGCGACUGGAGCUCAGCUGCACUGCCAGCACCGAGCUCAAUGUGGGCAUCGAAUUCAACUGGACACACUCUGGCCAGGCCCUGACCUCAAUAAACGGCUCCCAGAAGGUCUCCCAAAAAAAGAAGCUGUGGAACUCUUUGGAACUGUCCAACAAGCUGGUGGUGGAGAACGUGACAGUAAAUCACACUGGAGAAUACACCUGCACUGCAUCUAGUGGCCAGAUGGACAAAAGCACCUCAGCGUUUCUUAAGGUUUAUGAAAAGCCGUUCAUUGAGAUAAAAGAUCCGUGGACGAAGGUUUUGGAGGUAAAUGUGGGCGAUCAGGCGUCUGAGUCCAUGAUUCCUGUCAAGUACUCGGCCUACCCUGACCCCAUUGUUAAAUGGUAUAAAAAUGGCCAGCAACUUCGCAAGGAGGAUUACAGGAUAAGACCAAGAAACGAUGCCCUGGUGAUCCGUGGAAUCACAGAAAAAGACGCAGGGAACUAUACAGUGGUCUUGACCAAUAAAAUCACCAAGGAGGAACAGAAGCGCUCUCUCCAGCUGUUGGUCAAUGUGCCUCCUCAUAUCAUUGAGAAAGAGGUGGCUGUGGAUACUGAUGUACACACGUAUGGCAGCAGCCCAACCUUAAGGUGCACAGCCCGAGGAAUCCCCACACCUUCACACAUCCAGUGGCAGUGGAUGUCAAAAGAGGACUGUCCAGAUGCAUUCCAGUCGGGACCGAUGAAGUCUGAGUUCAACCUGGAGAAGUGCACCAGCUGGAGAGACAUCAGCAACAGCACUGGUCAGAACCGUAUUGAGCGAAUUACGACCGAUACCGAUCAUGCACAAAAGAAAACUGGGAGUUCUUUGAAGAUUCAGAAAGCUGAGGUCCACACCCUCUACAGAUGCCUGACUGCCAACAAAGCAGGAGAAGAUUCACGCGUCAUCGUCUUUCUUGUGACACGUGGCCUUGAGCUGAGUGUGUCUCCGUCCAGCGAGCCCUUGGAGGAGAACAAUGUGGUUCUGAGGUGCAAGGCAGACAAGCUAAUCUACUCGAACCUCGCCUGGUUCCGUGUGUCCAACAUCUCAGACUUGGGGCAGGUCCCGUCGGUGCAGCCCUGUCGUUCCCUACCCCUGCCCCCGCGGCCCCUGUCUCAGGCCGUGCUGGCCGGACAGCAGGGCACCAACUUGACCUUGGAGCUGCCACUGCCAAAUGCGUCCCGUCAGGAUGAGGGUCUGUAUGCCUGUCAGGUGGAGAGCAUUAAAACUGGGGAGAGGACUUGCCUGCUUCACCACCUCUCACUCAGAGGUCUUGAAGCUGCACGGAUUCUGAAUAAUUUAACGGACCAAAAAGUUAAUGUUAGUGCAACAGUCACUUUUGUCUGUGAUGUUGCCGGUACACCCAGCCCAAUCGUGGUGUGGACCAAAGACAACCACACUGUACAGGAAGGCUCAGGUGUGAUUCUGAGCCGUCUUAACCAGAUUUUGACGAUUCAGCGCGUCAAGAAGGACGACAGUGGUCUGUACACCUGCACUGCAUGUAACUUCCGUGGCUGCGACACCUCACAGGCGUUUUUGACGACUGAAGGUGCAGAGGAAAAGACUACUGUGGAGCUGAUUGUUCCCAUUGGUGCAGUGGUCAUUGCCAUGUUUUUCUGGUUACUGAUCGUCUUUGUCAUCCGCAGCAGAAAGAGAUCAAAUGGUGGGGACCUGAAGACAGGCUACCUGUCCAUGAUCCUGGACUCAGAGGACAUGCCCAUGGACGAGCAGUGUGAAAGACUCACUUAUGAUGCUAACAAAUGGGAGUUCCCUCGGGACAGGCUGAAGCUAGGUGAUCCCCUGGGCCGAGGAGCAUUUGGUCAAGUGGUGGAAGCAGCAGCCUUUGGGAUUGAGAAAGCCACCACAUGUACGACUGUCGCAGUCAAGAUGCUUAAGGAGGGCGCCACAUCUAGUGAGCAUCGCGCCUUGAUGUCAGAGCUGAAAAUCCUCAUCCACAUCGGUCACCAUCUGAAUGUUGUCAACCUGCUGGGAGCCUGUACUAAGCCAGGGGGGCCAUUGAUGGUGAUUGUAGAGUACUGUAAACAUGGAAACCUCUCCAGCUACUUGAAGAGCAAGCGUGGAGAGUACAGUCCCUUUAAGAGGAAGAGGGUGGGGGGCCAGGGGUGGGUGUGUGUGGAGGAGGAUGUGACUGAAGGGGACCUGGGUCUCGGGAAGAGCACCCAGCUGGACAUCUGCACGGGGACAGCUGUCUGCUCCGGACUGGGAGACAACACUUCAGACAUCAACCUGGACAGCCAGGAAGAGAGCUCGGACUGUGACCAUCUGACCAUGGAGGACCUGAUAAGCUACAGCUUCCAGGUGGCCAAGGGCAUGGAGUUUCUGUCCUCUCGCAAGUGUAUCCACAGAGAUCUCGCAGCCAGGAACAUCUUGCUGUCAGAGAACAACGUGGUGAAGAUCUGUGACUUUGGCCUGGCUAGAGACGUCUACAAAGACCCAGAUUAUGUCCGCAAGGGAGACGCGCGUCUCCCUCUGAAGUGGAUGGCUCCUGAGACCAUCUUUGACCGGGUGUACACCACACAGAGUGAUGUGUGGUCCUUUGGAGUGCUUCUCUGGGAGAUCUUCUCCCUGGGAGCUUCUCCUUAUCCGGGUGUUUGCAUAGACGAAUCUUUCUGCAGGAGGCUUAAGGAGGGUACGAGGAUGCGUCCGCCUGACUAUGCCACCACUGAGAUAUACCAGACUAUGUUGGACUGCUGGCUGGAUUGUCCCACAGACAGACCAACAUUCACAGAGCUGGUAGAGCAUCUGGGGAACCUGCUGCAGGCCAGUGCUCAACAGGAUGGGAAAGACUACAUCCCCCUAACAGCAGGUGAGGUACAAGGACCCCCAGUGAGUCCCGACCCUCUGAGUCCCUACAUCAGGCCCCAAAGUCAAGAAAUCCUGGAGGCCCAGCUCCACUAUGACAACGCACCAACCCUUGGGCUGUCCCAACAAGGUGAAAGGUGCAGUCGGCCACUAAGUGUUAAGACUUUCGAUGACAUUCCUGUGGAGCAUAACAGUGUCAUGGAGGGUCACAUAGACAGCGGCAUGGGCCUAACAGCAGAGGAGAUGAAGGGCCUGGAUCAUCAGCUGCCACGCACACCCAACUUCAGCCAGCUGUUGCGCUGUAAGAGUAAGGAGUCUCUGGCAUCUGAGUCCUCCAACCAGACAAGUGGAUACCAGUCAGGAUACCACUCCGAUGAUACAGACACUCCAAUCUAUGCAAAUGAGGAGGUGAUCAUGAAGCACAAAAUGCUGAAGAAGCCUCCAUUACCCAAGACAGCUGACAAGUUCAGUCUUGAGGUCCGUUAUAGCACGCCGCCUGUCUGACCCCAAAUAUUCCCCUCCACCUCCAUCCCUCCUCAUUAAACUUCCUACCCCGAGUCUUUUCACUGUACAGUAUUUUGUUUACCUUCCACAGGUAUUAUCUUUAGGAACAAUGCCAUCGCAUGCAAUAGAUCUUUGUUCACUGUGGUGUUGAGAUAUUUUCACAAGAGAUAACUUAAUAAUUCAAGGGGGGAAACCGAAGGUUGUAUGCACGAGAUAAUUGAUCUUUGUAAGUGCAGCUCUCUUUGGACAGCCGGUGGAAUGCUAUCAUGUUUACACAGCGAGUCGAAGGUCUGGGGAGCCGAGACGUGUGGACACACCUACUUCCUGAGGGGCAAUCCACCCACUUCCUGUAUUGGAGGAAACGACAACUGGAAUUUUAGAUAAUUAAAUUUGCAAAUGUUUUCUUUCUUUUUUCAUUCUUUUUUGUCUCUUGUGGCACAGUGAGCAUUUGAUAAGGAAGGUGUCUCAGACAGAUUGGAAUAUUUCUUGAUACUUAUUUGUACAGUUCCUUCAUUAAUAUGACUUAACCAUAUUGUAUUGAAGAUGUAUUGACUAAACCUGCCAUAAAUGUAACUAGUUUUAUAAAAUAAAUAUACAUGCAGA